UCAAUCAUUUGUUAAAACUUAUAUAUAUAUAUAUCUCAUACUACUGAAACCACCCAAAAUAAAAAGACGCCGAGAUUUCUCCUCUGCUUUUUAUAAGAUUUGAUGGCGGGUGAUAAUCCUUGGUUCCAAAAUCCAAUCCAGAACUAUAACUUUGGGAGCAGCUCAUCUCAUGAUCGUCAUGGCUUAGUGGUGGAGGAUCAACAGCAAGAAGAAAACAUGAUGAUGAUAAAAGAACAAGACAGGCUACUUCCGAUAGCAAACGUUGGAAGGAUCAUGAAGAACAUUCUCCCACCAAACGCAAAGAUUUCUAAAGAAGCCAAAGAGACUAUGCAAGAAUGUGUCUCCGAGUUCAUAAGCUUCGUCACCGGGGAAGCAUCUGAUAAAUGCCACAAGGAGAAGAGAAAGACCGUCAAUGGAGACGAUAUCUGUUGGGCCAUGGCAAAUCUAGGGUUUGAUGAUUACGCCGGGCAGCUUAAGAAGUAUUUACAUCGUUACCGAGUUGUUGAAGGUGAGAAAGCUAAUCAUCACGGCAAAGGAGGUCCUAAUAAAUCCUCGCCAGAUAAUUAAUUGAUAUGUCUCUUUAGCUUCUUUGAUUGAUUGGUUUUCUAAUUUCCCCGUUUUUAUGUGUCAUCUUCGUUUAACUCGA